ACAAAGAGUAGUUUCCGUUUCCAGUCAUCAUAUUUUGACAUGCAUGCGAUGUAAUAGUUAACGUUAGUUCUUAUGGUACGUUUAUCCGUUAACAUAUCGCAAUAACAUGGGUAUUUGAGCGAAUAACAUUACAUUCCUUUAUGCAGUUGUGGCCACUAUAUAUAGUCUACUUCUUGAGUGCUGUAAGUUACUGGGCAUGAUUAAUUCUAGCUAGCUAAUAACCUUCCUACGUAGCGCUCAAGUCAGCGCCAGUCAGUGUGUAAUCAUGGCAGGACUGUAUCGAGCUCUUCUAACAUCUGCCUCCAGUGUCACAAAGAAUCUGACCCAAGUCUCGUCAUGUCGCACUAAAUUCACUAAGAGUCGCGUUCCUGCACAGGUAUUUGAGGAACGAGCGAAAGAACAUGACAUGUAUGGUGGUGAUCCAGAACAUCCACAUAAACUGCACAUAGUAACACGAGUUAAAAGCACGAUGAGACGACCCUAUUGGGAAAAGAAGGUUGUAAAGAGUUUGGGGCUUAUGAAGGCACAUGAAUCCCGUGUCCACAAGAACACCCCAUCAGUGAACAAUCUACUCAAAAUCAUUAAGCACCUCGUUAGGAUUGAGCCUCUCAGGCUCCCCUAUGGAUUACCUGCUGAUGAGGACAUGGCUAACACUUAUCUGAAUAACAGAGGGGAACUGGCUGUGAACCGUCUCCUGAAACCACUUGAGCAGAAAGCUAUUGAGUCAUAUAAGUUUUGUUGUUUAAUAAAGAUUUGAAUACCAA